AGCCAAAGUCGACAAACGCAGAAGCAGUGUUGGUGCGGCCAACAAGGUCGAAAUGCAGCCGACUGAGCUGAAGCGGGUGUUCCAAGUGUUCGACAGGAACGGUGACGGGCGCAUCAGCAAAGAGGAGCUGAGCCAUUCGCUCGAGAACUUGGGAAUCUUCAUCCCUGACCAGGAGCUGUUCAACAUGAUCCACAAGAUCGACGUCGACGGAGACGGGUGCGUCGACAUUGACGAGUUCGGGGAGCUUUACCAGUCCAUAAUGGACGAGCGGGACGACGAGGACGACAUGAAGGAGGCGUUCGGGGUUUUCGAUCAGAACGGUGACGGCUUCAUCACCGUCGACGAGUUGAGGACGGUCUUGUCCUCCCUCGGCCUCAAGCAAGGCAGGUCCAUGGAGGACUGCACCAGGAUGAUUAUGAAGGUCGACGUCGACGGAGAUGGCAUGGUCAAUUACAACGAGUUCAGGCAGAUGAUGAAGGGAGGAGGCUUUGGCGCUUUAACUUGAUUACCAGUUCAACCAACCAAAUGAUCAUUGUAUUCAACAAAAUUCAUUGCGUGUGUAAAUAGAUUUCAGAGCCAAAUCAAUUCCGGUGCAUGGUGUCGGAAUCUGACUUGUUUUUGUGGCCAGUGAAUUUAUGUCCGGCAUCAUGCAAGGUCAGCCGGUGACGCCUUGCCUUGUGUUCAAAAGGAGGAAAGAGGCCGGAUCAUAGUUGAGA